ACUCUCAGGAUCCAUUCUCCGCAGGCCCCCGGGGGUCACUGUCUGGGGGGACGGUCAGAUGGGGAGGCGCCAGGAAUCGGGGUGAACCGAGGCAGGUGGCUGGAGGAGAGCUUCGUGCCGUCGGGCAGCUCCCUGACCCUCGGGCCGCCCCCACCCCCCAUGGGUCCCCUGGUGAGAGCCGCCCUGGUCCUGACGCUGCUCGACCCGGCGUGUCUACUGACCCAGGAGCCCCGGGGCCGUCCGACCGUCACGCCCGCCCCCAGCCUCCACGUCACCUUCGACCCCUGGAGGAUGAACUUGACCUGGGCCUGCGGCGACAACACGACCUCCGUCCAGUGCGAGAUGCGGACCAGGAAAAGGGGGCCCGUGACCGUGAGGCCCCCGAGGCGCCGCUGCCACUGCGCGUUCCCCGCCGCCGCCCUCCACCAGGGGGCGACCUUCUCCGUCACCGCGAACCUGGGCCCCCGACCCGUCACCGCGGAGCUGCACUUCGCCAACCCGGGUGGGCAGGGCACAGCGGCCCACAACGUCUCCUGCCUCAUCUACCAGGCGGAUUUCAUGAACUGCACGUGGGCCAGGGGUCCGGCCGCCCCGGAAAACGUCCAGUACUUUCUGCACAUCCGAGACCUCCAGUCAGGGAGCGCGAGGGAGUGUCCCCAUUACCUGAGAGACGCAAGGACCACCCACGUGGGGUGUCACCUCCAAGGGGCCACGGAAUUCCGUUCGGAGAUUUACAUCCUCAUCAACGGCACCAGCCCCAGCGCCAGCAUCCAGUUCUUUGACGAUAGGUUGAUAUUAAAGACAAUAGAAAUCUACGACCCCCCCGGCAACAUCACCGUCCACUGCAACGCCUCCCAGUGCCUCGUCCAGUGGGACACCCCCAGGAUCCGCGUGUUCCUGUCCAACUUGGAGAUGGAGUACCAGCUGGACAUCCACAGACAGAACAGUAUGCAGCCCAGUGACCAUCAACUGGUGGAGGUAUCUGGUGGCCGGGGAAAUCAAUACACGUUUCCAAAACCACUGCCCAGAGCCAAGCACAUCGUGCGGAUGAGGGCCGCCGACUCCCGGGUCCUGGAGUGGGGUCCCUGGAGCCAGCCUGUGGAGUUUGGCUCCGAAGAAUGGUUGUCCACCGCGGCGUUUGUCUCCAUGGUCAUGCUGGGCACCCUCGCCUGCGCCUUGGUCUUCCUCUACCUUUUUUACAGGUUUGUUGGGGUGCCCAUUCCUCGCGUCAAAGAUAAAGUGAACAAUGACUAUCUGACCGAUGAUGAGAUCAUCUGGGAGAAAUUUGCCCCAGCCGCCGGGAAAGGGGACACCGAAGAGAUCUUUUCCGUGGAAGAGGUGGAAGAGUCCACGGCAAAGGUGUGAAUCCCAGAGGCCUCCAGCUCUCCCCGUCGUUUUGGAAUCUUGGCGGAAUUUUUCUUUUGUUUUGGGGUGUGUUUGGGGGAUUUUUUUUGGUAUUGUUUGCGGAUCGUUUCUUUUUUGUGCGUCGUCGCCUGAAGAUAUGUUUUUCUCGACGGAUGUAUAUUUUUUUAAUGUAAAAAUAUUUUUUUAUUGAUUUUUUUUUUAGACGGAGAGGAAGGGAGUGGGAGAGAAACGUUGAUGAAAGGAGGGAACUUGUAUGCACGUGA